AUAUACGAUACUCGAUAUUUACAUAAAUAGUUCCAACUGGUUCCGGAACUUAUCGAGCUCACACGUGCGAAUAAAUAAUAAAUUUGUAUUUGAUGUUAUUCGCAACAAGUUAAGAGUUUAAUUAUAAUAAUAACGCUUAAAGAUGUCUGUGACAGCUGCGAACAAUCGCUAUAGCAAACCUACAGAGCCACAUAAAUCAUGGAAAAAGAUUAACGAGGAACGGAAGGCGCUCAAACGUCAACGAAAACAGGACAAGGCUCUGAAAGAUCUGAAGAGAGCACAAGAGCUUGCUGCCACACUUGUCAAUGAAGCAGCAAAUGAAAAAGAAGCAGUCAAGACAAAUCCAUCAACUAUCAGCAUUGCCGUGCCUGGCUCCAUAUUGGAGAAUGCCCAAUCCGCGGAGCUACGCGCCUAUGUGGCUGGCCAAAUAGCACGAGCAGCAUGCAUAUUUCGUGUCAAUGAGGUGAUUGUCUUUGACGAUGUUGGCGUGGCAACCGCCCGUGAGACAAAGCGUAGCUAUGAACAGGAUGAUGCAGACAACAAUGGUAAUGAAGCGGCCAAGGGGACAAGUACAGUGCGCAGCAGUUCAUUGCAGUUGGCCCGCAUUCUACAAUAUCUGGAGUGUCCACAAUAUUUGCGUAAAUACUUCUUUCCCCUGCACAAAGAUCUGAAGUACUCAGGUCUGCUUAAUCCCCUUGAUACGCCGCAUCAUCUACGACAGCAAAGUAAAUUUCGUUAUCGUGAGGGCGUCGUUUGCGACAAACAGGCGAAAGAUGGCCAUAGCUAUGCAAAUGUCGGACUGUUAAACGAUGUGCUUAUCGACAAGGCAUUGGAGCCUGGUGUGCGGGUUACAGUAAAAAUGGAACCACCAAGUGAGACGAGUCGAAAACAGCGUGGUACUUUGGUGAGUCCGGAUGAACCGCGACGGGAGACGGGUGUCUAUUGGGGUUACCAGGUGCGCAUUGCACACUCUCUCUCUGAAAUCUUCACAAAAUCCCCCUAUGCUGGUGGCUAUGAUGUGACGAUGGGAACUUCAGAUCGUGGCACUAGCGUGCAGAAUGUACCUAACCAAUCUGUAGGCUAUAAUCACGCACUAAUCGUAUUUGGUGGUCUUCAAGGUCUCGAAGAAGCGCUAGCAAAUGACGAGAAGCUGACCGUCGAUGACCCGCAGCUGCUUUUCGACCAUUACAUAAAUGUGCUGCCUAAACAAGGUUCCCGUACAAUACGCACCGAAGAGGCGCUCCUCAUAGCACUGGCUGCUCUACAAGAGAAGUUGCUUCCACAUCAGGCGGAUGUAGAGUGUGAUUUAAGUGAUUUGCUGCCACGCAGCGAAGACACUGGAGUUCCAAUGGCACGCGAUGUCCUUGUGAGCAAGAAAAAGAAAAAAAGGAAUGAAGUUAAUACAGAACCAAAUGAAGUACAGCCAGCCAAAGCAGCAAAACUCAAUCCAACGCCCGCGGCUCCAAUGCAUCCUAAUCCAUUUAAUGAUCGAAGAAGAUCUGAUGUAGAAUCGGAAUCUACCAGCAUGGAAGCAGAUUUCGAGGUGGUGCCUGCUGUAACAGGGCGUGCGGCAGUUAUUGAACAGAAUGACCACUUAAGUCGUUUCGAUUAAAUUGCUUUUAAACUAAGUUUCUAUUUUUCUUUUUUAAAUGUGUUAACUAUAUUGUACUGCUUCAAUCUUGGAUGUAUAUAUAUAAAAGAUAUUGCAAUGUUAUGGUGUAACUCCGUAUCUUAGCUACAAAAACACAAACUUAAUCUAUGAAUACA